AUGCGUUUUACACUGGUUAUGCAAUGGAUCACAAGACAAAGUGAACAACCUUCAAGGAAAAUACUGGAUUCGAUUUUCACAUUGGCACAGAAUUGGUCUUUGCUGUCCAUAUGUGCUCGUAAUCAUAUUGACGAGCCCGACGAGUUCGAGGUCCCGAGACUCAGAAAUUAUAAUAUAACAAUUGAAUUCAAUGGAGAGCAAGACGUGGUUGUGACUACAAUCGGAAUGGUGAGGAAAAUAUUAGGCUUGGUUACGUACCAAGAGCCACCAGAGUCAGGAAGCCGUGGGAACAAGAAGGGAAGAAAAGGAAAAGCAGCGGGAAGAGUACACUGGAUGCAGCUGCAGGAGGGCGGGGAAGUGACAGCCACGCUUAAAAAUGGCCGAAGUAUAGAUCAUAUCGGAUGCAAAUACUCGAGUUUGUUAACUGAAAAACCAAUGUUGGGCGAUAGAACGUUGGAGGAAAUACUUGACGCGUUUUUAGCGAAAUUGGAUGAAAAUACGGCUCUCAAAAAUGUCGUGGUUUUGAGUUUCUGCCGAAGUGUUGUGUUGAUCUCGAAAGCAAUGCGUUUUAUACCGAUUAUGCAAUGGAUCGCAAGGCAAAGUGAACAACCUUCAAGGAAAAUACCGGAUUGGAUUUUCACGUUGGCACAAAAUUGGCCUUUGUUGUCCACAUGUGCUCGUAAUCAUAUUGAUGAGCCCGACGAGUUCGAGGUUCCGAGACUCAGGAAUUCUAAUAUAACAAUUGAAUUGAAUGGACGUGCUUGUGACCACAAUCGGAAUAGUGAGGAGAAUAUUAGGCUUGGUUACGUACCAAGAGCCACCAGAGUCAGGAAGCCAGUACCAAUGAGUGAUCGAGCGACUUCGCGCAAGAUUAUCGCUACCGGACAAAAUGGGAGAGAGGCCCGGCUUGCGGUACGGCAGAAUGACCUCUACGUCAUGGCCAUGAAAAGAACGAUUCGAGAAGCCUUUCAAGAAAGAGAAAGAAUCGAGGUGAGGGAAGUGACAGCCACGCCAAAAAAUGGUCGAAGUAUAGAUCAUAUCGGAUGCGAAUACUCGAGCUUGUUAACUGAAAAACCAAUGUUGGGCGAUAGAACGUUGGAGGAAAUGCUUCACGCGUUUUUAGUCGUGCCUCUACAAAAAUUGGAUGAAAAUACGGCUCUCAAGAAGGCCGUGGUUUUGAGUUUCUGCCGAAGUGUUGUGUUGAUCUCGGAAGCAAUGCGUUUUAUAUCGAUCGCAAGGCAAAGUGAACAACCUUCAAGGAAAAUACCGGAUUGGAUUUUCACGUUGGCACAGAAUUGGUCUUUGCUGUCCACAUGUGCUCUUAAUCAUAUUGACGAGCCCGACGAGUUCGAGGUCCCAAGACUCAGGAAUUCUAAUAUAACAAUUGAAGCGUGUGACUACAAUCAGAAUAGUGAGGAGAAUAUUAGGAUUCGUUACGUACCAAGAACCACCAGAAUCAGGAAGCCGUGGGAACAAGAAGGAUUAUCGAUACUGUCGGAUGUUCCAAACAUCCGUAUGCCGAACGGUGCAGGGAACCGACAGGGGACAAAAUGGGAAAGAGGCCCGGCUUGCAGUACGGCACGAAGACCUCUACAUCAUGGCCGUGAAAAGAAUGAUAUGAGAAGCCUUUCAAGAAGAGGAAGAAUGGUAUCCGGAAGAGUACGCUGGAUGCAGCUGCAGGAGGGCGGGGAAGUGACAACCAUGCUAAAUAAUGGCCGAAGUACAGAUCAUAUCGGAUGCAAAUACUCGAGCUUGUUAACUGAAAAAUUAAUGUUGGGCGAUAGAACGUUCGAGGAACGCGUUUUAAGCGGUGCCUCUACAUAA